UUCUCGUAGCCCCAAAACCCCGUCCUGUGCAGAUCAAAGCCGUGCACGACUCUGCGUCGGCGUGGGUGUCACGUGGUCGAUGUGCCCAGCCACAGCCAUGCCCAUUUCCGUCGCUGUUUCCAGCGCGGCGGUCUGACUCAACUCCUGCCUCUUUCUGGCUUGGGUCCCUUUCCCGCCUGCCCCCUCCCUUGCCUGUCUGCCAGCAGUAUUGCCUGUCGCUGCAGAUGUUGGACUCUUCGAAGCCAAGCUCGUUACCAGCGCCCGCGGCUUCGGCCAAGCGACCUCGAGAGAAGUCCUCGUCGUCUCGCCAGCCCGACUACACUGGGUCCGAGCAAUCACUCGUAAACGCCAUCGCCUCAAAGGGUCUCGCCCAGGGCUCCUUCAACCAACCCUUGGAGUUUGAUGACACAGAGCCUAUCAGUACUCUGAUCCAGCUACUCGAGUUCCCGCUUCAGGCAAUGAAGCCCAUGGUGGCUCGCGGUCUUGGCAAGUUUGUCAAAGACUCCAAGAUCCUGAAGCUUUCUUGGCUCAUGGCGAACCAAGCGUCGUCCGUGGUCGAUGUGCGCAAUCAAAUCACUGGCACAGACGAAACGAUGAAGUUCAAGGACUUUAUCUCCGAGAUCUCAGAGCAGCCCGUCCUCCUCCCACACAAGUGGAGGGCCAAAUGCAAGAGGGUUCUCUACGGCAAAGAUCUUCAGUGUCCGCAAGCGUGGAUGGAGGAGAUCUCUAGCGUGCUCCCCGCGCAGCUGACCUACCUGGGCUCGAAUGACUACAUGCGCAUGGUCGCCCCCUCGGAAAGCCAGUCCAGCAUCUUCAUGAGCGAGAACAUGAUGCUUUAUAUCGGACCUGAUUCGUCGUUUACGCCAGGCCAUGUCGAUCUCUGUGGAUCUGUGGGGCACAACUUGAUGGUUGAUGCAACGUCGCCCAAGGCUGGUGCUGUGUGGUACUUUUGUAGCCCGGACGACAAAGUCAAGUUCGCCAAGUUUUGGGAGAGUCGCGGUGCUUCCAUGUUCUCGGACGACUACUUUUGCCCUCGGCGCGACUUGCAGAAAGCAGGAUUCAAGGUCUACUACACAUUUCAGCGCCCUGGCGAUCUUGUCAUCAUUCCGCCCGACACGCCACACCAGGUUGUCAACUACGGCGGAGUCACGGUGAAGAUCGCGUGGAACCGUAUCAGCUCCCAAUCCCUCGAGCUGUGCUCCCGGAGCUUGCUCCGGCUCUAUGCCAUCUGUCUCAAACCACCCAUAUUUCAGAUCCAAGUCAUGGCCCAUGCAGCUUUGCUCCAAUUUAUGAAAACGAUGAGGGAGAGGCGAAUGGGCAUCCUGGAUUAUCAAAUGGGCUGCGAAUUCAAGAAGAUCAUCUCCAUUUUCGAGACCCUCGUCGCGAAUGAAUGGAUCGACCUGGCUUACUUGCGUGAAAAAUACCCGCUUUGCCAAGACAGCACUCUCGCCAGCAAAGAGCAAGUUCUUUCUCGCGAGGACGUACUGCCAUACGAAAUGGACGGUGAGACCGUCAUCCAGUGCGACAUUUGCCAGUCCUACAUCUGGAAUCGUGGCAUGUCCUGUGAUGGUCAAUCGGAUCCCUGUGACCUCGAAGACAGUCAUUUAUUUGACAACUCGACACCCACCUGGCCUCGAAGCGAAAGGAAGUGUGACAUAUGCCUCGUGUGUUAUGCGGCAGGCCGCUCCUGCCAACAUCCGCGCCGCCUGCGAAUGCACGCAAAGAUGAAGAUGUCAAAGUUGAUGGCUGACCUCCAACAGGCUGUUGAUCUGUGGAACAACGUCAGCGACACAGGUCCCAAGAUACAAACGAAGCCCUUCAUAUCUGACCCAGUUGUUUCCGACGCUACUGUGGCCUUCGAACGGAUGCUGAAGCUGACGGGAAGGCUUGAGAUUACUCCCGCCAUGUGUCAUAUCUGCAAUACGCCUUCCCGGAGCGGCCUGAUGUGUUCCAUCCCCGACUGCCGCCGCAGCUUCUGUUCAUCGUGUCUCUGGAAGCGCUAUCAGAUCCGAGCAUACCAUAUCUACAGGAUCCCUGCGUGGGCUUGCAAUCGAUGCCGAUCAGACGGCGUCUCUCAGCAAAUCGGCUAUGAAGAAACCCUGCUUUCCUUCACCGGUGCCUCCAAGUCCCAAUUGCUGGGAAUUCAGACCAUGAUGUUUCCGCUUGCUGACACGGCGUUGCCCUCCAGCAACAACGCACCUGCCGCUGACAAGACGCCACGCAAGCGUCUUAAGGCGUCCGAGACCACCACGAUCUCGGAUAGAACAGAGUCCAGUUGAUAUACCCCGCCUCAGGAGAAACAGCAUACCUUUGUUCCAGCAAUGCUGAACAGCUGGGCCGCAGGUCAAGCGAAUCGGCGAUUUGGAGGGAUGCCUUGUUAGUUUAGCGACUCCGCAGCUCGACACAAGAGAAUGUAUAACUUGCAAAUGGAUGGGAAAUCUCGAAAUUUUGUAACGGUGCGACGUCUGUCAAGGAUACAACGCAUCCAAAGCGAAACAGACAUCCUAUUUUUGUCCUGAAUAAAACCCAUCCACCGUGA